UCAAAUCAAUUGUUGGACUGAAUUAUUUGCCACCAGUUGGUUCAUUCAAAACACUUAGUCUGGUAUGUUGUAUCUGUGACACAUCCUGACUAUGAAACUUGCACUUGGGUUUAUUUUAGGAGAUAUUUUUUGAAAGUUUUUAUUUAAAUUCCAGUUAGUUAACAUACAGUGUAAUAUUAGUUUCAGGUAUAGAAUUUAGUGAUUUAACACCUCCAUACAACAGCCGGUGCUCAACACAAGUGCAAUCUUAAUCCCCAUCACUUAUUUCACCCAUUCCCCGCCCCCCCCCCAGCAACCUCCCCUUAGGAGAGAAUUUUGCAUCAGAAACAGGUAUCAAAAAAUUCAUAUGACUCGAUAAUGAGGAGUCCAAAGGCUGAACAGACGUUUAGAAAUCCUAAAGACACAUUGUGAUAUCAGUGUAUAAAGAACCAAACUUCUGACGAAAAACCGAGAGACUGAAAAACAAAUUGAUCAGGCUGUAAAAUGUUUAUGCUCAUCCCUUUUCUUCCCGGGAGUUAUUAAGUCGGGAACUAAACAAACAUGUUUUCCUGUUUACUCAUCACAUGGUACCAAUUCUCAGAUGUGACUUAUGAGACAUGUUUCUCACUUCGUAUUUUAUAAUAUUCUUUGUGGUAAAGCUGUGACUUCUAUUUUAAAAUAAAAUCUCUCAGAAUCAUGAGAAGCUCUGAAAGGGAUUGUACAGCUCAUCCAUCAGGGGGAUUUGUAAACGAGGAACCUGAGGUCUAGAGUGUUGAAGUCCCAAGUCCUACAGCUGAUUAGUUGAAGAUACUAGAUUGGCACUCAAGACUCCUGACACCUAAUUCAGAACUUUUAACCUCAGAUUAACGUUGUGUAGUGAACUGAAUCCCCAAUUUGAGAUAACAAAAAAUACUGGAACAACAAAAGCCUUUAGGCUUUCAUUACAAAUCGAAGCCCAAUAUAUUAAAAUUACGCUGCCAUUCUAAUUCAUGAUGUCCUAGUAUGAGCAAUCUUAUUCAAGAUGUAUUUCAAAUUGAGUAGACUUCAUGGGAAAGCUUGUCUCUUGAAGUCACCCUAUCAUUUGGAUAUAUUAAGCCAUCAACCUUUCCUUAGAUUACUCUGAUAACUCUCCAGUGUGAGUAUUACUGCAUCUGCAAAUAAACACUAGGCGUUUCCAAAAGCAUACAGGGAAAUUUCGUCAUCUUUAUUGGAAAUAAAUAUACGGUCAAUACCUAUGCUGUAACUGUUUGGCUUUGUAGUAUCACAGUAAAUGUAAUGGCUUUAGAAAAUAAGAGAAAUUUAGGAACUGAGUAUAAAAAAAUUAAUGUUAGAUUGUGUACAUAUUGAAUCAAACUUACGAACACUUUUGUUUAGUAAAAAAUUUGGUCUUAUCCUGUGAUGCCUGUCCUGGUUUGUCAUGGCAUAAAGGAACAUUAAAGAUUUUUUGAAUAUGCCAUAUAUGAAUAUGUGGCUUAUAUUUUAACUGUGUAAGAUAGUAUGUGCACGGGAAUGAAUCUAUAAUGUCUAGCUAUACUUUAAUGUGAGACGCUUCUCUGAUAUUGAUGCAGAGUUAUUAUAGAGUAUUAAAAUUUAAAGACUUAUUCAUAAUCCUUUUCCUUUUAUAUUUUCCCAGACAGCUUGUAUCGAUAGAUGUCAGGUGUUUUGGGUGUUUUGUGUGUGUAUUUGUUUUAGAUGUACUGUUUUUCAGGUCUACUUCUCUGAAGUAAGAUGACUUGUCAAAAUUUCUGUGUGGCUUUGUUACAUUGGGAAUUUAUUUAUUUGACAAGUGCAUUUAACUUGGCAUAUCCGAUCACUCCCUGGAGAUUUAAGCUGUCUUGCAUGCCAACAAAUACAACCUAUGACUUCCUCUUGCCAACCGGAAUCUCAAAGAACACUUCCAAUUUGAGUGAACAUUAUGAGGCAGUGGUCAAAGCUAAAUUGAAUUCGAGUACUACCUACUUUUCUAACUUAUCCUCCAAAACAACUUUCCACUGUUGCUUUUGGAGCAAGGAAGAUAAAAACUGUUCUGUACAUGCAGACAACAUUGAAGGGAAGGCAUUUGUUUCAACAGUGAAUUCUUUAGUUUUUCAACAAAUAGGUGCAAACUGGAACAUACAGUGCUGGAUGAAAGAGGACUUGAAAUUAUUCAUCUGUUAUAUGGAGACAUUAUUUAAGAAUCCUUUCAAGACUUAUGACCUGAAAGUCCACCUUUUAUAUAUUCUGCCUGAAGUGUUAGACGAGUCACCUCUGGUCCCCCAGAAAGGCAGUUUUCAGAUUGUUCAGUGCAACUGCAGUGUUCACAACAGCUGUGAAUGCCAUGUGCCUGUGCCAACCGCCAAACUCAACCACACUCUCCUUCUGUAUUUGAAAAUCACGUCUGGUGGGAUAAAUUUUCAAUCACCUCUAAUGUCGGUUCAGCCCAUAAAUGUUGUGAAGCCUGAUCCCCCAUUAGGUUUGCAUAUGGAAAUCACAGAUGCUGGCAAUUUAAAGAUUUCUUGGUCCAGCCCAACCUUGGUACCAUUUCAACUUCAAUACCAAGUGAAAUAUUCAGAGAAUUCUUCAACAUAUAUGAGAAAAGCUGAUGAAAUUGUCUCAGCUACAUCUCUGCUGAUAGACAGUGUGCUUCCUGGGUCUUCAUACGAGGUUCAAGUGAGGGGCAAGAGACUGGAUGGCCCAGGAACCUGGGGUGACUGGAGCACCCCUCUUAUCUUUACCACACAAGAUGUCAUAUACUUUCCGCCUAAAAUUCUGACAAGGGUCGGGUCUAACGUUUCUUUCCACUGCAUUUAUAAAAAUGAAAACGAGAUUGUUUCCUCAAAAAAGAUUGUUUGGUGGCUGAAUUUAGCGGAGAGAAUCCCUCCGAGCCAGUAUGGCGUGGCGGGUGACCGCGUGAGCAGGGUCACCUUUGCAAAUCUGAAGGCGACCAAGCCUCGUGGGAAGUUCACCUACGACGCCGUGUAUUGCUGCAACCAGCAGGAAUGCCACCAUCGCUACGCGGAGCUCUACGUGAUGGAUGUCAAUAUCAAUAUAUCAUGUGAAACUGACGGGUACUUAACUAAAAUGACUUGCAGAUGGUCGACCAAUGCAAUCCAAUCACUCAUGGGAAGUACUUUGCAGCUGAGGUAUCAUAGGAGCAGCCUUUACUGUUCUGAUGUUCCAUCUAUUCAUCCCAUAUCUGAACCCAAAGAUUGCCACUUGCAGAGAGAUGGUUUUUAUGAAUGCAUAUUUCAGCCAAUCUUUCUAUUAUCCGGCUAUACAAUGUGGAUUAAAAUCAAUCACUCUUUGGGUUCACUUGACUCUCCACCAACGUGUGUCGUUCCUGAUUCUGUGGUGAAACCACUGCCUCCAUCCAGUGUGAAAGCAGAAAUUACUGUAAAAAUUGGAUUAUUGAAAAUAUUUUGGGAAAAGCCAAUCUUUCCAGAGAAUAAUCUUAAGUUCCAGAUUCGCUAUGGCUUAAAUGGAAAAGAAGUACAGUGGAAGAUGUAUGAGGUAUAUGAUGCAAAAUCAAAGUCGGCCAGUGUCCUGGUGCCAGACCUGUGUGCAGUCUAUGCUGUUCAGGUGCGCUGCCGGAGGCUGGAUGGCCUGGGGUAUUGGAGUAAUUGGAGUAGUCCCGCCUACACAGUUGUCAUGGAUAUAAAAGUUCCUACCAGAGGACCUGAAUUUUGGAGAAUAAUUAAGGAAGACACCACUAAAAAGGAGAGAAAUGUUACUUUACUUUGGAAGCCUCUGAUGAAAAAUGACUCAUUGUGCAGUGUGAGAAAAUAUGUGGUAAAACAUCAUACUUCCCGCAAUGGAACAUGGUCAGAAGAUGUGGGAAAUCACACUAAAUUCACUUUCCUGUGGACAGAACAAGCACAUUCUGUUACAAUUCUGGCUGUCAAUUCAAUUGGUGCUUCUUUUGUGAAUUUUAAUUUAACCUUCUCAUGGCCUAUGAGCAAAGUAAAUACCGUGCAGUCACUCAGUGCUUAUCCUUUAAACAACAGUUGUGUGCUUCUCUCCUGGACUCUAUCACCCAGUGACUACUAUCUGAUGUAUUUUGUUACUGAGUGGAAAAUUCUUAAUGAAGACAGUGAAAUUAAAUGGCUUAGGAUCCCUCCAUCUGUUAAGAAGUAUUAUAUCCAUGAUCAUUUUAUCCCCAUUGAGAAGUAUCAAUUCAGUCUUUACCCAGUAUUUAUGGAAGGAGUGGGGAAACCAAAGAUAAUUAAUAGUUUCACCCAAGAUGACAUUGAAAAACACCAGAAUGAUGCAGGGCUCUAUGUAAUUGUGCCAAUAAUUAUUUCCUCUUCAAUCUUACUGCUUGGAACAUUGUUACUAUCACACCAAAGAAUGAAAAAGCUGUUUUGGGAGGAUGUUCCAAACCCCAAGAACUGUUCCUGGGCACAAGGACUUAAUUUUCAGAAGCCAGAAACAUUUGAGCAUCUUUUUAUCAAGCAUACAGAAUCAGUGAUAUUUGGUCCUCUUCUUUUGGAGCCUGAAACCAUUUCAGAAGAUAUCAGUGUUGACACAUCAUGGAAGAAUAAAGAUGAGGUGGUACCAAGAGCUAUGGUCUCUCUGCUUUUGACAGCUCCGGAUCUUGAAGAGGGUUCUGUUUGUAUCCGUGACCAGCACACCAGUGCUAACUUCUCUGAGCUGGAGAGCACUGUGAUAGCCCAUGAGGACGAAAGCAGGAGGCCGCCCUCUGUUAGAUAUGCCACCCUCCUUGGCAGCUCUAAAUCAAGUGAAAUUGAUGAAGAGCAAGGGCUUAUAAACAGCUCAGUCAGCAAAUGCUUCUCUAGCAAAAAUUCUCUACCAAAGGGUUCUUUUUCUAACAGCUCAUGGGAGAUAGAAACCCAGGCAUUUUUUAUAUUAUCAGAUCAGCAUCCCGAUAUAAUUUCACCACACCUUCCAUUCUCAGAAGGAUUGGAUGAACUUUUGAAACUUGAGGGAAAUUUCCCUGAAGAAAAUAAUGGUGAAAGGUCUGUCUAUUAUUUAAGGGUCACCUCAAUCAAAAAAAGAGAGAGUGGUGUGUUUUUGACUGAUGAGUCCCAAGUGCUGUGUCCAUUCCCAGCCCACUGUUUAUUCACUGACAUCAGAAUCCUCCAGGACAGUUGCUCACACCUUGUAGAAAAUAACUUCAAUUUAGGAACUUCUGGUCAGAAGACUUUUGUAUCUUACAUGCCUCAAUUUCAGAUUUGUCCCACUCAGACUCAGAAGAUAAUGGAAAACAAAAUGUGUGACUUAACUGUCUAAUUUCAUUCAAGAAUCUUCUCAGAUUUAUGUUAGAAUGAAUCAUGUGAAGUGUAAUAUAUGUCACUAUGGUUGUGGAUAUGGGAGAGGAAAGAAAACUGUCAAAAUUGGAAAUGAUUGAUUGUCCCCAAAUCAGUGGUAUCUGUCCUCACUCAGUAAGGUAGACAAAAAAUGUGAGAAAGCCUUUAAGAGCCUGGCAAUGUAGACUGACUCUUCUAAUGAUUCCAUUAACAAGCUCCACUGGGGAGGUCUCCAAUGGCUUGUUUCUAGCUGGAAACAAGCCCAACAAAUACCAUCUUUUGGGAACAUUAGACCUGUGUAGAAAGAGCUAAUCUUCUCAGUUACACCUAAGUUUGAAAGAAGACUUCAAACUGAUACUUGUGAGAUGUAACUUGCUUCAAGGGUGUGGUUGUUUUGCCUUGAGUUGUCUUUGUUUUCCACUGAUUUGCACAUACACCCGUUUAUACCUAAGAGGCAUCCUCGUACAUUUUUAAAGUAUGUGAUGUAUUUGUAUUUUGUGCUACUUGUCUGUGUGAUUUUAAGAUUUUGCAAUUUACUUGUCCCCAGGAUUUACUCUGUGGUAGGUACUCCACUAAAUGUUGCAGAGAAAUAAAAGAUUUAGCUCUGGCCUAGGGGAUAUACUUCUGAAGACUGACAAGUAAGCCAAUCUUUAUGUAUCAAAUCUAAGAUAUGUACCAUUGAAUGAAACUAUCUAUUAGAAUGGCAAUACCCACAACCAAUACUUUGAUGACAACAAAAGCACUUUUGAAGACAUAAUGUCUGUCUUAACUCUUCUCUAUAAAAGAUGUCACAAUGGUCACUUCUGAUACAGUUAGAUUGCCAAACGUUACUGUAUCUCAUUCUGGAAUCACUGUCUUCCCUGAUUCCCAUUUGCUUGUAUGCUAUUUUUUUUUUCUCACUUACUGAGCAUUCUCUGUCAUAUAACCAACCACUGUAUUAAAUCUUGCCAUACUUUAA